UCGGUCCACCUCCACCGCCUACUUCAACUCUAAAGUGACUACUGUGGCUUCCGUGCAUAUGGCCGUUUCUGUAAACAUCUGUGGAGAUAUGAAUCUUCCAAAGGGUCAGAUCUUCCUGGCAUGGAUUGUCUGGGUAUACUCCCGUGGAGUAUUCUGCUCAGAGGAUGAGACUCGUCUGGUAAAAACCCUGUUUACUGGUUACAACAAAGUCGUUCGUCCAGUCAACCAUUUCAAAGAAGCUGUUGUGGUCACUGUGGGACUGCAGCUAAUACAGCUGAUCAGUGUGGAUGAAGUCAAUCAGAUUGUGACCAGCAAUGUCCGCCUCAAACAGGAAUGGGUAGAUGUGAACCUGAACUGGAAUCCAGAGGAUUAUGGAGGCAUCAGAAAGAUCAGAGUCCCUUCAACCGACAUAUGGAAACCUGACCUGGUGCUAUACAACAAUGCUGACGGUGACUUCGCCAUCAUCCAUGAAACUAAAGUCCUGCUUGAGUACACUGGAAAGAUAACGUGGAACCCUCCGGCCAUUUUCAAGAGCUACUGUGAAAUUAUUGUCCUCCACUUCCCCUUUGACCUGCAGAACUGUAGCAUGAAAUUGGGAACCUGGACAUACGAUGGCCUGCUGGUUGUCAUCAACCCGGACAGUGAUCGGCCUGACCUCAGUAACUUCAUGGAAUCAGGUGAAUGGGUUUUGAAGGACUACAGGAACUGGAAGCACUGGGUUUACUACACUUGCUGUCCCGACACGCCAUACCUCGACAUCACCUACCAUUUCCUGAUGCUGCGGCUGCCCCUCUAUUUUAUUGUCAACGUCAUCAUUCCCUGCAUGUUGUUCUCUUUUCUCACCGGACUGGUCUUUUACUUGCCAACUGAUUCUGGGGAAAAGAUGACCCUCUCCAUCUCCGUCCUGCUGUCUCUCACUGUGUUCCUGCUGGUUAUUGUGGAGCUGAUCCCGUCCACUUCGAGUGCAGUUCCUUUGAUCGGAAAGUACAUGCUCUUCACAAUGGUGUUCGUCAUCGCCUCCAUCAUCAUCACGGUCAUCGUCAUCAACACACACCAUCGCUCGCCCAGUACGCACACCAUGCCCGCGUGGAUCCGCAAGGUCUUCAUUGAAACCAUCCCCAACAUGAUGUUCUUCUCAACAAUGAAGCGCCCCAGUCAGGAGAUCAGACAGAAAAGGCUGUUUCCUACUGACAUGGACAUCUCCGACAUUUCAGGUAACCCCACACGCACCAGUGUCACCUACCAGUCUCCCAUCGUCAAGAACCCUGAUGUUCGCAACGCAAUAGAAGGGGUGAAGUACAUCGCUGAGACCAUGAAGUCAGACGAGGAAUCUAACAAUGCUGCAGAGGAGUGGAAGUUUGUCGCCAUGGUUUUGGACCACAUCCUUCUCUGCGUCUUCAUGGCCGUGUGCAUCAUCGGGACGCUCGCCGUCUUCGCCGGGAGGCUCAUUGAGCUGAACACGCUGUAGAAGCUUGACCCGUAAAGGAGAGUGAUCAGGGAAGACGUCAGACUUGGAGAGGCAUUGGAGAAGUGUUUUUGUCAGUCGCUGGUGUUUCUUCCACUGAUUGGAUUUUAUUUUUUUUUUUAAACACUGGGAAGUCCAGGCAUCUCAGAGGCACGAGUCGCUUGAUCUAGAUGGGUGAAACUUGAAGUCAUUCUUGUCACUAACUCCUUUUCUAUUGUUUUUCUACAGUUUGUGAUUGCCAGAACAGAAAUGUAAUGUUGUUUAUUUUGGCAGCUUGAUUUAAGGUGUGGGUCGUAAAGUGUUGAAUGUCUUGGUCUUUGAGUACGGGUAAGAUAUUUUCCUGUCAGGAAGUUUUAUUGAUUGGUUUUGCCUGAUGCUCAUUUGACUUCUAAACAUCUUGGUUUUAUUCAUCUAUUAAUUUGUUUUCAACUUACAAUAAUAUCCAUAGUACGGUAACAAUCAUAUUCAUAGUACGGUUACAAUAAUAUCCAUAGUACAAUAGCUUUAUCUGUUUAAACCGACAUGCUGCAUUUAAAAAGUCUGAGAAAUCUGCAAUACAAAUAAUCACUUGAACUUUGCGGUAUUUAGAAUUUAUUGGUCACGUCUUUGUGCCUGGAGAUUUUCCAGCAGUGACCAUACAGUAUGUGGCAUCAAAAAAAGUCCUUUCAAUAAAGUGCAGCUUUUAUUGUGCAAUAAUGAAUAAGAGAAACAGUGGCGCAGUAGAGAAAGAGUCUUUAGUCAGCAAUAGACAUGAACAAUUCCAUUUCAUUUAACUUUGAAAUAUCACGGCUGCAGUGUUGCUGCUUGUGUUUCAACAAGCUAAAGGGCAACUUGAUUUAUUUUGCAGCCGUGUUUCCUUAAAGCUAGACCAUUCAUUUAGAGGAGUUUUGUUCUGCAUUGCAUCAUUUGUUGUUUGUUUUUUAUUUUUUAUUUGCAUAGACGUGGAGUAGAGUGGAAAAUAAAGGUCACAUCAAGAUACUAUUUA